ACAGCAACUGUGGCACAACUUAACCACUUAAUUUUAAUACGUCUAAUUAUGAUUGAUGCAGAUGAUGUAUUAACGGAGCAGCUUCCGUUGAAGCGGUCCGUCAGGACCUUCUGGCGUGCGUCAGGGCACAGCAACGUCAAGCGCUUUACGCGUGAAGUUUACUAUCGCACCGAUUUGGGUUGUGGUUUAGAUAGCUGCACAGAAUGUCCACGAUCUUCUACUCAAGGCACUCUAGAUGGGAGCAAGCCGAUAUUGAUCUUGACGGUGGAUGUCUUGUUAAACCAGAUGACAUUUUGCGAGCGAUGUUUGGAUAAUUGUGUGAUUCCAGCAACCGUGGCUAACGAAGUUCGUCGUAGAAGCCUUACUCUUUACGCUCGCAUGAAAAGGCUUAUCCUAUCUGGUACUGGUAAUGAUGUCGUCAUGAACGAUGUUGACCACGUGCCAAAAAGCUUCUAUCUAUUUUCUAACGAGAACUUUGAACCUACACACGUAGAGGAGCGUGGUAAUAUCACAACAGCCCAGCGUGAUGAGCUUUUAAUUGAAAGGUGUGCUGAAUGGUACCGGAGCCAUGUGCCGUCGUCUAAUAGGGUGAUUAUUCUGCGUAACAACAAUUCGCAGGAUCCUUUAGUAAAUGAAGAUGCAUUAUCUGUGGACUCAGAUCCUAGUGCAUCGGGAUCUUCUGCUUUGGAGCGUUUGACAGUUGAAGACUGGGCCACUGAACUGAAGCCUAUUGUUACUGAUGUAUUUGAAUAUGUAGCCGCAAGGCGAACGGAUCAACGACAUCACUCUGACAACGCCUCUGAUGACGGUAGCAUAUACCCUGCGCAUCUCUCAGAAAUGGAGAUGCAGGAUGGUAUUGACAGUGGAAGGUACCAUCGUGGUGUGCUCCAUAUGUAUCCCGGUUCCUUCCAAAACGGCUAUGUAUCCUGCGGUGAAGAUGAAUACAAGGUUUGUGGUACAUACAACUUAAACCGUGCAAUUCACGGUGACGCUGUGUGUAUUGAAAUCGUUACCGAUGGUAUGGAUGUCGUCGUCCCGGAUAGUGGUGAUGACGCGGCAGUGCCAGAGGAUAUAGUUGCUGAAGACUCAGAGGACAUUAAACUCUUGGAUGUAGAUAAAACUGACAAACCACUAGAAUGCCUGAAAAAGGAAUGCCGGGUCGUCGGUAUAUUGAAGCGCAAUUGGCGUGAAUACUGUGGUACCUUAAUGGCAGUUGACGAGGCUAUUGAUAUGGUCGGUCAUAGUCAUAUGGUACAACGCAUAUUUGUCCCCGUGGAUGCACGUAUUCCGUACAUAUGCAUAGAUACGCGGAAGUCCAGUGAACUCGAAAACAAAAGGAUAGUUGUGGUUAUCGACAGUUGGGAUCGUUUUUCUAGGAAGCCAAGUGGCCACUGGGUGGAAAUAAUAGGUGAUGUAGAGGACUUGGAAACUGAAAGUGCAGUUAUAUUGCGUGAACAUGAAGUAAUUACCCGUGAAUUCCCACCGAAGGCCUAUAUGGAGCUACCACCAGCAGAUUGGAAGCCUGGAGCUGAGGACAUCAAGCUCCGGAAGGACUUCCGCAAGAAUCUAGUGUUUUCCGUGGAUCCACCAGGUUGUAAAGAUAUUGACGAUGCGCUUGGUUUUUCUGUGUUGGAUAACGGUAACAUCGAGGUUUCUGUACAUAUAGCUGAUGUAACCCAUUUUGUCAAAGCUGGCAGUUUCAUCGAUAAGGAGGCUUCAAAGCGAUGCACAACAGUAUACCUGGUAGAUAGACGUACGGACAUGCUUCCGUCGCUCUUAACUACUAAUUUAUGUUCGCUGGUGCCUAAUGAAGACCGUUUGUGUUUUUCUGUGGUUUGGCAAUUUGAUAGAAACAACGAAAUCGUGGAUACACAAUUCUACAAGGGUAUCAUACGCAGCUCUCGUGCCUUCACUUACAAGGAUGCUCAGGACCUUAUAGACGCUGGAGGGAGUGACAACAUUACUGAGGCACUAAAGGGUUUAGAUAACAUCGCAAAGAUAUUGCGUGCCAAAAGGUUCGAAAGCGGAGCUGUCGAACUGGAGUCGCCAGAGGUUAAGUUCGAGUACGAGUUAACCGACGUCCGGAAGAUGCAGAAGUAUGUAUUGUACGACACAAAUCGUAUGGUUGAAGAGUUCAUGCUUCUGGCCAACGUGAGUGUGGCAACAAAGAUUUUCGAACGCUUUCCUACCUCAGCACUGCUGAGGAGGCAUCCUCCUCCGGUGGAUGAGCGUCUCAAGGUGCUACAGAGGUCGCUAUCGCAACAUGGAAUUGAAUUCGAAUUCGGCAAUUCGCGCGACCUCAAUCUAUCGCUAAAGCGCCUAGUACAAAGCGGUGAUCCACGGCUGGGUAGCGCAUUGCGGAUAAUGACCACGCGAUGCAUGAGUCAAGCUGUUUACUGUCAUUCCGGAGAAGCAGGUGUUACCAGCUUCAAACAUUACGGACUCAGUAGCGAGCUCUAUACCCAUUUUACAUCGCCCAUUCGUCGUUACGCUGACGUUAUUGUGCAUCGCAUGCUUGCCGCCGCGCUUGAUAUCGAGGCCAUGGACACCAGCUUCUACCAAGAGCUGUCCUCGCAGUGUGAGGUGCUCAACAAGCGCCACAGGAACGCCACAUGGUGUGGUCGCGAGUCCAGCCGUUUGUUCGCAUAUCUCUUUCUCAAGCAGAAGGGUGAAGUGACAGCCACUGCUACAGUCAUUGGCACCAGUGAAAAGCGAAUAUGCGUCAUUGCCCACGAGCUUGGCAUCGAAGCUACUGCGAGAGUGGACAUCUCGGAGUUUGAUGCGCAAACCCAGCGUGCGACGCUAGCCUGCGGCAAGCACGUUAACCUUUUCGAUCACGUUACCGUCAAGCUCAGUGCUGAAAACAAGCAUUACAGAUACAACAUAAAAGCAGAAUUGAUAUAAAUGUGUAAUGUAUUUAUGUA